AGCUUGACUAUGCAUCAAUUGAUUUUAUUAUACUAGAAAACCUGAGAAAGUAUGGUUUAUUUAUAUACAGAUUGUGUAAAUACACUGUAGGCAAGUUUCACAGUUUAAUGUUGAAAGGGCUUUCAUUAAUGAUGCAGUUCUGAGAAAAGGAUGUAAAGCAACAUAAAAGAGUAAAGAUUUGAUUUUUACUGAGAUAAGUUGAAAGAAUAAUUCACCUUCAGUAAAUGUGUUUCUUUUCAUGUUGUUUUAUGUGCUGCUCUUUCUAGUACUCCAUGCAUGGUUGCAGAAAAUAUACAUUAAGAAUGAAUCCCUCAUUGAUGUGACUUAAUGAUGUCUAUCAUUUAUGUUUGCCUAAUUAUAUGUGUUAAUAAUAAAAAAUAGUAAUAAUCACCAGAGAUCCAUAAAAUUAAAUGGUUUGUUUUGUCCUGGAGCAACUACACACUAUGCUUUUACUUUAUGUGUAUUUCUGACAGAAGACAUUAAGUCAGUUCUGCUGAGCAAUGUAAUCUGAUACUGGAAAAGUAUACUGUUAAUUGUAUUGUUUUUUAGAAAGUAUGGAGUAGGGUUUUCUUAAAGGCUAGGAGACUACAUUUCAAAUACACUUCCAGAACUUUGUAUGGCUUCCCAUCUUUCUCAGAGACAAAAAGUUACCUAAAGAUUUGAAACUGAAUAUAUGGGCCAACUUCUCCUAUUGUGCAAUGGCUGAUUUUUGGUUUGUAUCAAUUGCUCAUCCGCAUUUUUGAAAACCCACCGGUUUUGUGAAUGAAAACCACGGCAUCAGGACCAGGCGCUCUAUUUCCUGCAGCGAAACCAGCCACCUACCAGAACUGGUAGAUAGGACCCGCUUCUCUGUCCCGAGUACUCAGACUAAGUACUCAAAUAAGGCUGAGGAUUGAAAACUGACAACUUACGAGAUACAGCAUGCGAUACACCAGUUAUCACUGUAAAGACGGUAUUCGUCGGACAGGUGCAAAAUUCCGGCUCCUGAGGCAGAAAGGCUCCGUACACUGGGCUACAUCGGUACCUGCAGCUGAGACCUCGAGAGGAGUGAGCCCGAGGUGAGAGGGGCCGUGCCCAGACCCAGCCACGCCGUGCAGCCCCUCGCUUGUGCCAGAGCGAAGGGCAAUGGUCGGACAGGCCGGUGAGCGCUUUCGGCCGCGGGAUCCUGGAGCAGCGCCGUGCGCCUCGCUCCGCCUGGGCGCUGACUGCUGGGAGCUGUCACAGACCCGGCAGCGCCAGUCUCUGCGCCCCGAGCCGGCGGGCUGUCACACCGCCACCGCCUCCCCGCCCAAUGCUGCUGCUGCUGCCGCCCCUCUCCGUCUCCGUCUCCGUCUCCCCUGCCCAGCUGCCCGGGUGUCCCGGCGGGGCCGAGCCGCCGCUGCUGCCGCCGCCGAGGCCGGUCCGCCCGCCGCCGCCCCUUCCCUUCCCUUCCCCCGCCACCGCACAUGCCCAGAAGGGCGGGAGCCGCGGCGAGCCCGGGCGCUGCUGUGACAGCGGCGGCGCUUUCCCUUCCGUGGGUGGGUGGGGGCCGCGCCGCCCCCCGGCCCGGCCCGGCCCGGCGGAAACACUGCGCCGGCCGCCCGCUCGCCCAGCGCCUUCCCCGCCGCGCCCCGAGCCCGCUGCCGCCGCGGGGCGGGAGGCGGCCAUGUCGCUAUUGUCUGCGCUGGUGCCCUUGCUCCGGGUGUACUGCAUCGGCCUCCGCGUCAUCCUGCACCAGCUGCGCCGCCGCUUCCAGCCGCGCUGCGCCCCGGCCUCAGUUUUCCCUACACAAAAUGGAAAGGUUGCUAUAGUGACUGGAGGCACUAAAGGAAUUGGUUACCAAACUGUGAAGCAUUUGGCAAGACUUGGCAUGCAUGUGAUAAUAGCUGGAAACAGUGAAAGUGAUGGCCAAGAAGCGGUGAGGAAAAUAAAAGAAGAAACUUUGACUGGAAAAGUGGAGUUUUUAUACUGUGAUUUGGCUUCUAUGAAGUCUAUACGGCAAUUUGUGCAGCAGUUUAGAGCAAAGAAUUGUCCACUCCAUGUCCUGGUGAAUAAUGCUGGGGUGAUGCUGGUCCCUGAAAGGAAGACGGAGGAUGGGUUUGAGGAGCACUUCGGCUUGAACUACUUGGGACACUUCCUGUUGACUAACCUCCUCUUGGACACGCUGGAGCAAUCAGGAACGCACAGGCACAACGCUAGGAUCAUCACUGUCUCAUCAGCCACCCAUUAUGUAGGCAAAUUGCACCUAAACGACUUACAAAGCAGAUGUUCGUAUUCACCCCAUGGAGCCUAUGCCCAAAGCAAACUUGCCCUUGUGUUAUUUACCUAUCGACUACAGCAUCUUCUGACUGCAAACGGAAGCCAUGUGACUGCUAAUGUAGUAGACCCUGGAGUAGUGAAUACUGAGCUCUACAAGCAUGUCUUUUGGGUUGUGAAAGUGGUCAAAUGGAUGACAGCCUGGCUAUUUUUCAAGACCCCAGAGGAAGGAGCCUCUACAACCAUCUAUGCAGCAGUCUCGCCUGAGGUGGAAGGAGCUGGUGGCUGCUACCUUUACAAUGAGGAAAGGACAAAAUCAGCUGAUGUGGCAUAUGAUGAGGAGCUGCAGAGAAUGCUCUGGACAGAAAGCUGCAGGAUGGUUGGGAUUUCUGAUGAAGCCAACAGGCUUCUCUAGAAGAAGCCACUUUCAGCUGGGUAAAUGAAAUGCAUUGAAAAGCAUCUUAGGUGAAUUCUUGCAGCAUCAGUCAUCAUCCUGGAAAUCACUGUCCAGUCCCAAAGGCAAACGAGAACAGCUCUGUUCUUCACUUGAAUCCCUAAUCUGCUAGGGUGUGGGGGGAAUAUUCCCACUGAAAGGUGUAGUGGUUGGUUUUAAAUCUAACCAUCAGUUUUGUAAAUCAUUCUGUUUCAGUCUGUGAUUAAAAUACAAUCUUUAAACAUGUGCA